CUAUUUUGAAUAAACUAGUUGUCGUCUUUGACUGAACCAGGGGUCCAAUUGAGCAUGAGUAAUCUGCAGGGUUCAGCUCCAAGCUCUAACCCAAACCCGAUUCAGAAUCCGAAUCCGAAUCCGAAUCCGUAUCUGAAACCAAUUACGGACCCAAAAUCUGUAUCCUUUGAUGACGUUUCCAAGUUGUUCAGUUUGCCUCUCUCUGAUGCUGCUGAAUCCCUAGGUGUUUGUGCAAGUGUUCUCAAGAAAAUAUGCUAUGAGAAUGGUCUGGUGCGGUGGCCAUAUCGAAAGGUCAGCUCUGGAAAGAGUAUUGAAGAUAUAAAGAAGGAGGCAUUAAGGGAAAAACAAGAGCGAUCCCUGGAAUUUCCUAAAGCUCCUGGAGAAAAGAAUGGUUCUUUAGCCAGUUCUGCAAUCUCAUCAUUUUCGGGCUCCCCCUUGCCAAACAAGAGUAUAAGUUCCACAAUGGAAAUGCCAAGAGCAGGGGCAUUCUCACAGCAGCAAGGAACCAGGAAUUUUCAAUCUGGAAGUUCACCGCAUUUCCGUAUCUCUAACUUGACAAAAGGAACUUCAGUUUAUGAUGAAUUCAAAUAUGGUUUUCCAUCCGAUGGCUUGUCUACUGCAACGUAUAGGUGGUGGGGAAACAAGAGUCCUGAUGGUAACCAGGAUAGCAAAUUGAAUGAUGACAAUGCCAAAAACAGCACGGAGCAAGCAGAAAAUGUAGCAGAGAAAACCGAAUGCCAGACAAGUGUGGAUUCCACAGGAACGACUUUACUGACUGAUGUGAGGAAACGAGCUGCCAAAGAGGGGAAAGAAACACUGAGGCUUGGAGUUCAUAGACGACGUAGUGUAAAGAUGCUUGAUUCAACAAAACGGAAGAUUCUUCAUCAGGUAUUCAAAUCGUAUUUUCAUGUCCAUGGAGAUAUGAGUAGCAUGGAAUCAUGACAAGAGGACCAAUAUUCGUUUUCUCUCGAUAUGAUGGAAUGAACAAUGAUCAUUGCAAGACUCACACGAAGAGGACAUGUUACAUCUAGGUUCCAGUGCUAUGUGUGGAAUUUACCAAGCAAUUAUAUAAGUUAUGUUUUCUACGGCUAUGACUGAGAUUAGAUUCUUGAACUUCCAUAGGCAAAAUUAGUCACUAAUAUAUGGUGUUUUAGCUUGAUCUUGAUUAUUUCUAGCUUAGAAGACAAAAUUAGUCACACUCUAUUGUAAUUUAUUAUUAUUUUCUUGCAAUAGUGAUUCGUCUAACUUGGGUCGUGAAUUUAGGUUUAAGUGAUCACGAUUGUCAGAGAGAGAUUCAAAAUUUAAAUUUUAUGAGUUUUGAGGUUCAUGCAUUGAAUCCAUAUUUUCAUAA